AAAAAAAGUAAAUCAAACCUUUGAGAAGCAUUUGCUGGUUGAAGUGCUUUCUGUCUAGUGAGGGGGUCUGUGGAUUUCUAGUUUAUGAUAAAUAGGACUUUAAAAACCAGGGACAGGAGGGCGAGUGUUCAGGUUCUAGAGCUAUGCAGCUGGAGCACUGCCUUUCUCCUUCUAUCAUGCUCUCCAAGAAAUUUCUCAAUGUGAGCAGCAGCUACCCACAUUCAGGCGGAUCUGAGCUUGUCUUGCACGAUCAUCCCAUUAUCUCGACCACUGACAACCUGGAGAGAAGUUCACCUUUGAAAAAAAUUACCAGGGGGAUGACGAAUCAGUCAGAUACAGACAAUUUUCCUGACUCCAAGGACUCACCAGGGGACGUCCAGAGAAGUAAACUCUCUCCUGUCUUGGACGGGGUCUCUGAGCUUCGUCACAGUUUCGAUGGCUCUGCUGCAGAUCGCUACCUCCUCUCUCAGUCCAGCCAGCCACAGUCUGCGGCCACUGCUCCCAGUGCCAUGUUCCCGUACCCCGGCCAGCACGGACCGGCGCACCCCGCCUUCUCCAUCGGCAGUCCCAGCCGCUACAUGGCCCACCACCCGGUCAUCACCAACGGAGCCUACAACAGCCUCCUGUCCAACUCCUCACCGCAGGGCUACCCCGCGGCCGGCUACCCCUACCCACAGCAGUACAGCCACUCCUACCAAGGAGCCCCGUUCUACCAGUUCUCUUCCACGCAGCCCGGACUGGUACCCGGCAAAGCGCAGGUGUACCUGUGCAACAGGCCCCUCUGGCUGAAAUUUCACCGCCACCAAACGGAGAUGAUCAUCACCAAGCAGGGAAGGCGCAUGUUUCCUUUUUUAAGUUUUAACAUUUCUGGUCUCGAUCCCACGGCUCAUUACAAUAUUUUUGUGGAUGUGAUUUUGGCGGAUCCCAAUCACUGGAGGUUUCAAGGAGGCAAAUGGGUUCCUUGCGGCAAAGCGGACACCAAUGUGCAAGGAAAUCGGGUCUAUAUGCAUCCGGAUUCCCCCAACACGGGGGCUCAUUGGAUGCGCCAAGAAAUCUCUUUUGGAAAAUUAAAACUUACAAACAACAAAGGAGCUUCAAACAACAAUGGGCAGAUGGUGGUUUUACAAUCCUUGCACAAGUACCAGCCCCGCCUGCAUGUGGUGGAAGUGAACGAGGACGGCACGGAGGACACCAGCCAGCCUGGCCGCGUGCAGACAUUCACUUUCCCCGAGACACAGUUCAUCGCCGUCACCGCCUACCAGAACACCGAUAUUACACAAUUGAAAAUAGAUCACAACCCCUUUGCAAAAGGAUUUCGGGAUAAUUAUGACACGAUCUACACUGGCUGCGACAUGGACCGCCUGACCCCCUCGCCCAACGAUUCCCCGCGCUCGCAGAUCGUGCCCGGGGCCCGUUACGCUAUGGCCGGCUCUUUCCUGCAGGACCAGUUCGUGAGCAACUACGCCAAGGCCCGCUUCCACCCGGGUGCGGGCGCGGGCCCCGGGCCGGGCACGGACCGCAGUGUGCCCCACACCAACGGGCUGCUGUCGCCGCAGCAGGCCGAGGACCCGGGCGCGCCGUCGCCGCAGCGCUGGUUUGUCACACCCGCCAACAACCGGCUGGACUUCGCCGCCUCGGCCUACGACACAGCCACGGACUUCGCGGGCAACGCGGCCACGCUGCUCUCCUAUGCGGCGGCGGGCGUGAAGGCGCUGCCGCUGCAGGCGGCGGGCUGCACCGGCCGCCCGCUCGGCUACUACGCCGACCCGUCGGGCUGGGGCGCGCGCANGGCUUCUACUCGCACAGCUAGGCCGGCCCUGCCCGCCCGGCCCCGCGCCCCGCCCGGCCCGGCCCCCCAGCCAGCCCCUCGCAGCUCUCCCCAGCACUUCCUCCCCACGGCCCACCUCGCGCACCCCCUCAUGUUAUCUGGCCCUCGAAUACCGUCUGCAACGAAUAAGCACAGGUCUCCGAGUGCGAUUUUAACCUUUUUUUGCACAGCAGUUUCUGCAGUUAGCACACCGACCUUCAACUUUGCUGUAAACCUUUUGGUUUUCCUCCUUACUCUCCUUCUAUGA